CUGUGUACACUCCCGCCAGCCGGCCAGCGUAUAAGUAGAGGAGGCGCAAGCGAGAUGGCGUCAAACCGAACUGAACCAUCAAACGGUAAAAGGUGCGCGCAGCGAACAAACAGCACAGAAAAAAAAGAAUAAAACAAAAACACACACACAAAACGAACACUGAACGCAAAGGCAAACACACGCAAAGCGGCAAAACGGAAAAUACGACAAACAACCGCGUUUCUUUAUUUUUGUUUUGUGUUCUCCUUUCGUCAAAAGGUGAGGAAGCUAGAGCUAAACGAUCGCGUGCUAACACCAAGAGAGCAGAAUUCAAAGUGAUCGAGAUGGCUUUCAUGAUGCCAGUUAUGAAGAACAACUAUGACAUCUACAAAGACACGCGCUCCCGCAAAACCUCUGAGUGUUCGAAUGCGAGUAGUAACGGGACCACCGCUCUGGCCACCGCUCUCGGCACGCCGUCGCAGCAGCAGUCACAGCAGCAGCAGCAGCAGCAGCGUCGCCGCAAGGUGUCCGAAUGCAAAUCAGAGAGUUUCGCCACCUCUCCCUCGCACGGGCAACUGGGCGGCUCCAGCGCCCAUCGCAUGCAGAUGCAGCGCUGCCACAGCUCGCGCGCUUUUCCACGCAACGCGUCGCGCAGCUCCCACGGCUCAAUGCAGCAAAUUGUCUCGCCUACGCGCUCCAGUCCGCCCAGCCGCUCGAAUACAGCCUCUGCUCUCGAGCGUCAAGCGGCCGCCCAAAGCCAGCAGCAGCGUCAGCAGCAGCAGCAACAACAGCAGCAGCAGCAGGAGUCCUCCAAUGAUUAUACCAAAUUCCAUUUGCGACUUGUCGAUAAGCUGCGCAAAUCAUUUCGCAAGGAUAGCGGUAAACGGUCAUGAGGGCAACGCCAUCACAGCAGCAACAAUCAAAACAGCAACAACAACAAUUACGACAACAAUAACCAUGCCAGUAGCAGCAGCGUUGCC